ACUGAUUUGGUGCUUAAACUAGUCAAUCCAUUAUUAAUCAAUAGGACGUGAACAUUAAACAUAGUAUACGUUUAUAUACAUCGACAAUUUUUACAGCUAAUUUAAAAAAAUGUCUAUUGUACUAAGAAUUGAUACAAAUGUUUCCCAUGUGGACAUUGAUGAAGAAUUUUUAGUGCAGAGUACAGAAGCUCUUGCUAAAACUUUCCAAAAACCAAAAUCUGAUAUUUUAGUAUUUGUUAAUGGAGACCAACCCGUUUUAUUUGCUGGUUCUACAGAACCAGCAGUAAUUGUAUCAUUACUCAGCGUAGAAGGAAUAAAUGAAAUUAAAAACAAACUCCACUCAGCAGCAUUAUUUCCAUUGUUAACAAAAUAUCUAAAAGCUAACGAAAAUAGAAUUACAAUUGGAUUCAGUCCAAUUGAACCGCAUGCCAUGGGAAUCAAUGGAAAAUUGUUUGUUCAAUAAAACUUUAUUAUUUAUAUUGUAUGAAUUAUUAUUUUAAAAUGCCACUUUUGAAAAUUGGUAUAUUGUUGGUAUUUAGUAGGCAAUUUAUUACGACAAAAUAAUAUAUAUAUUAUAUAUAUAAAGAUUUACAUUAUAAUAUAAUAUAAUAAAACAAAAUUUUUUCAAUUUAAA